UCGUCGCGCGCUGUGUGUCGCAGCUCUGGUGACGUUUUUCCAAUCGACUCCAGAAAACUCUCCGCCGCCGCGGCCUAGCGCUCCCGGUCCCUCUUUCCCGUCAUUUAAUUCACUCAUGUCCGUCUGUCCGAAACCAAACCGAGCGGGAGCCGCUGCCGUGUGAGGCGCUGAACACGGGACUCUCGAUUUAAACGGAGUUUUUACCGGAAAAGCUCGCGAAAUUACUGUAAACACAGGGAAGGAGCGAUGACAUCCCGACGCUGGUUCCACCCUAACAUCACAGGAGUGGAAGCGGAGAACCUUCUCCUCACUCGUGGUGUGGACGGCAGUUUCUUGGCCCGUCCCAGCAAAAGCAACCCUGGAGACUUUACGCUCUCUGUCAGGCGAAAUGGCGCCGUCACCCACAUUAAGAUCCAAAACACGGGAGACUAUUAUGACUUGUACGGUGGAGAGAAGUUUGCCACCCUGGCUGAGCUGGUGCAGUAUUACAUGGAACAUCACGGACAGCUGAAAGAGAAAAACGGAGAUGUCAUUGAGCUCAAAUACCCGCUCAACUGUGCCGAUCCCACUUCUGAGAGGUGGUUUCAUGGUCACCUAUCUGGUCGUGAGGCUGAGAAGCUGUUGACAGAGAAGGGCAAGAAUGGAAGUUUCCUGGUGAGAGAAAGUCAGAGUCACCCGGGAGAUUUUGUGCUCUCUGUACGGACUGGAGACGACAAGACAGACACCAGCGACGGCAAACCCAAAGUCACACACGUCAUGAUACGCUGCCAGCAUGAUCUGAAGUACGAUGUUGGUGGUGGGGAGAAAUUCGACUCGCUCACAGAUCUGGUGGAGCAUUACAAGAAAAACCCUAUGGUGGAAACGCUUGGGACAGUCCUGCAGCUCAAACAGCCUCUGAACACAACCCGCAUCAAUGCAGCAGAGAUUGAAAGUCGGGUACGAGAGCUCAGCAAGCUGGCCGAGACCACAGAUAAGGUCAAGCAGGGAUUCUGGGAGGAGUUUGAGACGCUUCAGCAGCAGGAGUGUAAACUGCUCUACAGUCGCAAGGAGGGCCAGCGGCCGGAAAACAAAAACAAGAACAGAUACAAGAACAUUCUUCCCUUCGACCACACACGAGUCGUGCUGACCGAUGGAGACGCCAACGAACCAGGCUCUGACUACAUCAACGCCAACACCAUCAUGCCUGAUAUCGAGACUAAAGGCAACAACUCCAAGUUAAAGAGGAGCUACAUCGCCACGCAGGGCUGCCUGCAGAACACCAUCAGUGACUUCUGGAGGAUGGUGUUUCAGGAGAACUCUCGAGUCAUUGUCAUGACCACGAAGGAAGUGGAACGGGGAAAGAGUAAGUGUGUGAAGUAUUGGCCUGACGUGUCUGCGCUGAAGGAGUAUGGAGCCAUGCGUGUGCGGAACGUGAAGGAAACCGUGGCACACGAUUACACCCUGCGAGAGCUGAAGCUGUCAAAAGUUGGACAGGGUAAUACUGAGCGUACAGUGUGGCAGUACCAUUUCCGCGCCUGGCCUGACCACGGUGUGCCCGGAGACCCUGGCGGCGUGCUGGACUUCCUGGAAGAGGUCAAAAUGAAGCAGGAGAGCAUAACCGGGGCUGGAGCCAUCGUGGUGCACUGCAGUGCUGGGAUUGGACGAACAGGAACGUUUAUCGUGAUUGAUAUUUUAAUAGACAUCAUCAGAGAAAAGGGAGUGGACUGUGAUAUCGACGUGCCCAAGACUAUCCAGAUGGUAAGGUCUCAGCGUUCAGGAAUGGUACAGACAGAGGCCCAGUAUCGCUUCAUCUACAUGGCUGUGCAGCAUUAUAUUGAGACUCUGCAGCGCCGCAUAGAGGAGGAGCAGAAAAGUAAAAUUAAAGGACGUGAGUACACCAACAUCAAAUACUCUCUGUCUGACCUGACUGGAGGAGACCAGAGCCCUGUGCCACCGUGCACACCCACACCGACCUGUGCCGAUAUGAGGGACGACAGCUCUCGAGUCUAUGAGAACGUGGCUUUAAUACAACAGCAGAAGAGUCACAGAUGAGAUGAGAUUCCAGCACUAUCCAAAUCACAGGAACUGUUUUUGUUGUUGCCAGAUGCUCCUGAACACUUGAGAAGUGAUCUUGACUGAACUGAGAGACGAAAAAAAAAUAAAAAGAAAAAAAAAAUUCCAGAGACUGGUCCUCACGAGCUCAGAGACAUGUGGAUGGAGUUGAAUUGCAUUUCUCCUUCCAGCUACGUAGCCUUUUAACCCCACACUGUGACGAUCAUGAAGCCUUACACAGAAUAAACCCAAAACAGCCCCUUGCAAAGUCAUGUUUAUUUUUGGGUGUGGAGUUUCUGAAAUCGAUUCGGGCUACUUUUAUCGAGUGUGGAAAAAGCUUACGCUCUUUCAUCGUUGUUUUUUUUUUUAUUUUUUUUUUAAAGAAAGCAAGAAUGCUGUCUGGAACACUUAAGUGUGAUAUUCAAACAGAAAAUGGACAGUAGCAUCACAUACCCCUGUACUAAAAUAAUUGGGAACAGAAGAGAAUGAGGUGAAUCCUUUUCCACCGCAAAAGUUUGUACAUUUUAUAUUGAGUAAAAAAGGCCCGUUUGUGCCAUUCUUGUGCUAGUGCUAAAUUCAUAUCAUCCUCUGCCUUUAGUUUAAGCCUAGCGUCCUUAAAACUUUGCACCAGACGGCAGGAGAUCUUCAGCACACCCUUGGUUUGCCUUUUCGUGCCCACCGAGAGCGACGUCCUGACUUCUCCAUGGGACAAAACGUCCGCGUCCCUGGCUUGUUUGUUACUGAAUUAUUGCUCUGCUUCAUCAGGUCACCCAGCAGCUGCUUUAGCUUGACUGCGAAAUCUGUUUCUUCUUUUUUUAAAAUGAUUUUACUGUCUUUUAAAAAAAUGAAUAAAAUAAAAUAAAACUUUUUUUUUUGUUUACGUCAAAGCAGCAUAUGUACUUAAUUUUAAGAGUGACUGCACAUUCAUAGCCUUGGAGAUUUCUCUCUUGUAAAGAGCUGUGGAUGUAAUUAUGGGUUUUAAAGUGUUAUUCGGACCCUCUAUGAUGGACAAACUUGACUUCUGGAUUGUUUUUUUCCAGGUCACAUACCUUCGAUUUCUCACAGUGCUAUUUUUUUUGGCUUUUCUAGGUUUUGCUGGCUUUGCUAAACCAAGCUUUUGUUGUGUUCGGCAUCAGCAGUAUUUCAUAAUUAAUUUAACAUUUUCACAAGUGCUUCUUCCUUCAUAACCAUAGGUUCUUUGUUCACAGACUUAGGUGUCUAAUGGUCAUGGUUAUGUUUGUGUUAUCUGGCUUUGUCUUUCUUGCUUUCUUCACCUUAAACGUUGAUUCCUUACAUAUUUGUAACACAAAAGUCGGAGGUGAUGAGCUCGGGCCCGUCAUGCAUCCGGCGUACUGUAGUGUGUUUAUCGAGUGUGUUUGUAUCUUGAAGAUACUGCUCUUUGUUUGUUCUUUUUCAAGUCCAGUCUUCUGUUUUUGCCAUGCUUUUUGUUUCUCGUGAACAUCACACACGUCUGUGUGUGUCGCUGACCGAUUAUCUUCCUUUACUUUCUUUUGAAACCAACACAAAAUGUCAUGGUCCUCUUUGAUACACGGAAUGCAUUACAGUCCAAAGCAACUAAUGUGAAUUUUUGUCAUCGUGAAGAGAACGAAAUGGUUGUGGAACUCAAUGCAAACUAUAUUUUUUAAACUUGUAUAUUGUACAUGAAUAUCUUGUAGAGGAGAAUGUACUUACUAAACAUGUAAUUGCCAUUAAGAUAUACUGUAUGUUUAACCCAGCAGCAUUUCUUCUCGUGCCAGACGGUGAGCCUUACAGAAGCUAAUAGGGUUGAUCGUGUUGUUCGGCUAGCAAUGCAAUUAACCGACAUGAACUCCUUGAUAACAAUUAAAAAGAAGCUCACAUCUUCA